AUGCCUAUUUGCAUCGAGUGCUCCUAUCCCGUCUCCCAUCUGUACAGUGCUUACAGCCGCGCGGAUGAUCGGUCUCAAGGCAAGGGUGUACGACUGACGCAAUGUCCGCGAUGCCAGCGUUUUGCCGACAAAUACGUGGAGUAUGACUUUGUCGUUCUCUUCAUUGACUUGGUGCUCAUCAAGCCCCAGGUUUACCGACACCUGCUCUUCAAUAGGCUUGGGCGAGACGACAACCAGUUCGAUCGGUCAAUAAUUCGCUUGGGAGUACUUUUGCUUCUCUUCGAUGUCUACCUCACCUGGGCACGAAUUGAGAAAGACCCAUCACUUGCAGCAACCUUUCUCUCACGCGCCCCAAUUAUCGUCCAAUAUCUCUUCUUCCUAAGCUUGAAUACAGUCGCAACCCUCGCACACCACCUCACUGUGCGCCUACUGGCCUCGAUCCUGGUCCCGAAGUCUCGCCGAUACAGCGGCCCUGACAACAGGAGCAGCAACAAUGCCACCACUACCACCAAUCCCGACAUGAGACCCAUUGCAGAUGCUGCCACCCCCUUCCCCUCCGGUCCCCCAACCCCGACAAACCGGCUGUCCCCAUCUGCACCUCCAGCAACGCUCCAAUCCCAACCCCUCCCCAACCCCCUCGCAAGCCCGUCAAAGUCAAUCCCGCCCCCCAGCGGACAAACCGAAGUCACCUCCCCAACCGACCCCUCCCCCAUCCCGGAAAGCACAUCAAUAACACAAGCAACACAACCACCGCCGCCCCUACGACGGGCAUCCACCGCCCCACUGCAGAACAUCCAACCUCUCCCCCCACCGACAGCCGCAAGCCCAGCAGCGAUUAGCACCGCCCUACUCGUCAGCAGCUGCGCAAAGCUAUUCCCUAUCCUCCUCGUAAUCUGGGGCGCAGACGGCAGCGGCGGCAGCAGCAGCAACAGCAGCGCCAACCUUUCCAAACUCCCAACCCCAGGCCCCGCAGCGCAAAUACGACUCCCGACGCAGCCGGCCACAAUGCCGAGCGCCCUGCACCAGAGUCUGUUCCCGAUGGCUCGGAGAACGCUCUCUGCAAAGGCCGUUUCGGCUUCGGUCCCUUCGCAGGCGCAGUCUUACUCGUUCUUGGAAUCCUGGUUGGCUGCCACGGCUUCUUCGCUGCGGACCUCUACGCCGACGAGUUAUCUAACGGGUGUUUUUGACUUGCUUGCUUCGCUGCUUUCGCUUGGUGUCGUCGAUACGCAUCUGGUGCUUCUGAGUAAUAUCGAGGCGUUGUACAUCUUGCUUGGGUGUGGGUAUUUGCGUGCUGUUGCCGUUGCCGUUGCUGGUCAGAUUGCGCGGUGGGCGGUGCAGAGAGUUAUUCUGGGAGCUGUUGGUGUUGGUUAA